CUGCUUUAAACAAAAAAAGAAAAAAAAUGCAUGUAAGAUAAGGUCAAAUUUGAUGUGUGGGAGACAGUACGCCAGGCUCAGCAAAAACAGGUUUAUUAGAAUUAGAAAAGGGGAGAGGGAAAGAGGAGUGGGGAGGCGGACGCCAAAGACAGGAGUGAGGGCUCUGGGGCUGAGAUAGGAUGGCGAAGGAGCUUAGCCUACUGGGAUAGGAUGACGAGGGAGCUUGGGGAAAUCUGGGACGAGGGAACCGAGGAGGAGGCACUGGAGUCCGGGGAACAGGGGAGUCGAAGAGGGGAUGGCUGGAAGCAGGAGCGGAGGUAGAACGGAGCAGAAGCGGAGGAAGGGUGGAGCACGGAGCCGUGAGGAGGGGACCGAAUGGUGGAGCCAGCUGACUGGAGAACGGUAACGGGAGGUAUGGAGAGAAUGGCUGCAGGGGAGAAACGCAAAGAAGGUCAGCAACAGACAAGUAAGUACGAUAAUUUUCAGAGAGGUUGUAUUGGGUGUCACCAGGACGGCUGAAGCAACGAUCAAGCGAAGAUGAUGAUGAGAUGGGUUCAAAUACUGCAUGAUUGUAGAUGGCUGGCAGGUGUGCACGGCGGGAUAGGUGAUGGUGGAAUGACGAGCAGGAGUUGUUUCUUGCAGUCAUAAUUUAGUUUCUGGAUCCAUGUUGAAGGUGAGAGUCAAACCAGGAGACAACAUCACUCUCUACUGUGACUGCAACAUAUCAUCUGGAGUAUACAUAGAGUGGUACAGGAACUGCUCUCAUGAGAAUCAGCCUUCUCUUAUCCUUGAAGUACGACAUUUAUUCCAGGAGACCACUGCCACUUGUGGUGCUGAGAAGAUUCCCCCUCGUUACCAAUUCGUGAAAAACUUUUCUUCUAACUCCUACGACCUGCUUAUCACGAACAUCACUGAUUCUGAUCAGGGCCUCUACUACUGUGGAACUAAGCAGAUAAGAGUGGAGGAUAAAGAAUACAUUACUCCGAAAUAUGUUUACAGAUAUGGCAACUUCACAACAAAGAUCAUAUUGGAUUCUGCCACAUGCCCUGACUCCAUUGGGUGCAUUUCAAACCAUGUGAUUGCUGUGCCCUGGAUGAUGGUGUUUACUCCAGCCUUCACUAUUCUCUCCUCCUUCAUCUCCUUUAUUUUGGUUUAUCAUUUCUGUCAAAAAACAGUUAAGGAAUCUCAAAUUCUCCAGAAAAGACCUGACACCAGGGGACAAACAAGACGGGAUCAGGAUGAAGAUGUGUUUCUGACAAAAGUUAUGUUCUGGGCUAUGGAUGGAUAAACACGCCAAUAGGCAGAGGAUGGACGACACAAGCACAUUUGUUUUAUUCAAGCAGAAACCAAAUAGAAUUAAAUUACUUCAAAUUGAAAAGGUUCGAAUUCAGGUACACGGUUUUAGUUCUCAUCUCUUCUUGUUGUUGUCCUGUGGUUAAAGACACUGCUCAAGCAAGUGGUGAUUUGUGGCCAAUCUGUUAUUCAGGUUUAUAAUUAGACAGUAAUAAUCUCUUUUUUUCCCCCUAACAUAUUUACAUUUUCACAACCUUAAAAAUAUACAUUUUGAAUGGUAACUUUGUCACCAUGUUAAGCUAGCGUUACACUGAUUUACAUCGUUUUUUUAUUUUUGAUUCAUUAACAUCAAGUAGGCUAUAACAACUCAUUAUUAGUUUUACAUGUAGAAUAUGUAAUGGAUGAAAUAUUUUAUGAAGAUUUCUAAUUAUAAUC